UGGUGCUCGUGAACUUUGACACAGGCAAUAUGGCGUCUUCAACAGUAAACCCGGACUUAGCUCGCGAGAGAAAGAGAGCCACGUUUGAUCCCAUCCAACUGACCUAUGUCUUAUAUGAUGGACCGGAGAAGGUCAGAAGAAACCGAUAUUUACAAUCACUGGCCAUCAACGAUCCGGUGAUUGCCAACAGCCCAAACUGGCACACCCUGAGUCGUGAACAGAAGUAUGAAGAGGUUAUGCGCAAGACGGUGUACUACACCAAAAGAAUAGAGGACCUGGGACUGACCAAACCAGAAGAAAUAUUCGCUUACAGAGAGGCAGGUAUGGCUCAUGAGAACUCGGCGUUUGGUCUCCAUGGCAGCAUGUUCAUCCCGACCAUUGAGAAGACGGGUACAGAGGAGCAGAAGCAGGCAUGGAUCCCCAGAUCAAAGAGAUUUGAGAUCAUCGGAACAUACCAAACGGAACUCGGACAUGGUACAUUUGUACGAGGCUUGGAGACAACAGCAACCUAUGAUCCAAAGAAUAAGGAGUUUGUGAUCAACUCCCCGAACUUGACCUCCAUCAAGUUCUGGCCAGGGGCAUUGGGCAAGACAUCUAAUUACUGUGUAGUGAUGGCCCAGCUUCUCACACAGGGUCAGAACUGUGGGAUACAGGCAUUUAUUGUGCCACUUCGUCGCCUUGACAACCACCAGACACUGCCAGGUGUGACUGUGGGAGACAUUGGCACCAAGUUUGGCUAUGAGAGUAUAGACAAUGGCUUUCUGAAGUUCAAUCAUGUCCGAAUUCCAAGGAUGAAUAUGCUUAUGAGAUAUGCAAAGGUGCUGGAAGAUGGGACCUUCAUUAAGCCAGACAACGAGAAGCUCGUUUAUGGGUCCAUGGUCUUCAUACGUUCUGUCAUCACAAACGAUUGUGCACGCAGCCUUGGUCAAGCCUGCACCAUCGCCAUCCGCUACAGCGCUGUCCGCAGACAAACAGAAGUUAGCCCAAAAGGUGAGGAGGCGCAGGUCCUAGACUACCAGACCCAGCAGUACCGGGUAUUUCCUUGCCUGGCUACAUCCUAUGCAUUGUGGUUUGCUGGGAGGUACAUGGUGGACGUGUACCUGCGGGUCACGCAGCAGAUUGAGAAAGGUGCCCUGGAGGAACUGCCACAGCUCCAUGGCCUUUCGUCAGGUCUCAAAGCCUUCAGCAGUUGGGCAACGUCUAGGAUGAUGGAGGAGUGUCGUAUGUCGUGCGGUGGCCAUGGUUACCUCAACGCUAGCGGCUUCUCCAAAAUCUAUGUCGAUAUAACUCCAGCUUGCACCUAUGAAGGGGAGAAUGUAGUUAUGAUGCUUCAGAGUGCAAGGUUCCUGUUGAAAUGUUUUGCUCAAGCCAAGUCUGGGGCCAAGCUGCCUGGCCUAGUCUCCUGCCUCAACAGACCCUUACGUGGCUCCAGUUCCAUUGACAGUCGGCUGGAGCUCGCAGCACUGUUUGAUGCCUAUGAACACAGAGCUGUCCGACUUAUCACAGAGGCUGCAGGUCGAGUGCAGGGAUUGGUCACAUCAGGGAAGACAGGCCAGCAGGCAUCCAAUCAGGCCUCAGUGCAGCUUGUUGCUGCAGCCAAUGCCUUCUGCCAUGCGUUUGUGCUGAAGACAUUUAUGGACAAAGUAUCGACGGGUGUGUCUGACACAGCGGCAAGGGCAGCCCUCAACACACUGUGUCAUCUGUAUGCUGUGUACGGAAUUGUCACCAAUUUGGGAGAGUUUAUGAUCGACGGCUACGUCAGCAGCAAGCAGGCAACAAUGCUGAAUCAGCGACUUCUGGACCUCUUGGCUGAGAUCAGACCCAAUGCAGUGGCCUUCGUAGAUGCGUUUGACUUCCCUGAUAAUGUCCUCCAGAGUGCCCUGGGUCGCUAUGACGGCAAUGUGUAUGAGGCCCUCUUUGAGUAUGCAAAGGAGUCUAAACUAAAUGAGAAGGACGUCGCAGAUGCAUACCACAAGCACAUGAAGCCUUUCAUGGAUGAGAUGAAGGCCAGAGCCCCACGUUUGACAGCUAACUUGUAAAGACUGACAGAGGAACAAGGUAGUCCUACAGGUUCAGUGUUCUGUGCAGGAGCCUUCAGGUUUGUGUUGGGUAUAGUGGCCAACACGGUGCCCAUGACUUUCGGGACAUCUAUGGGAUGUUUCUGUGCUGUAACCUUUAUCAUCUGUGUCAGCACUGUUUCCAUGGAUACUGCAACUUAUCAAAUUUUAGCCAAAAAUAAGAAAAAGGAAACUAAAGCUGACUUUAUACGAUUUUGCUGUAUUUGAUUGUUUUUAUAGAUUUCUGAUGAUUUUUUUUCCAUAAGUGUACUUUAUCUGGUUUAUGAGGAAUAUUUUGAACCUUAUAAUAGGCCAGUAUCUACUCAAGAUUGUUUUAACACUACCAGUUUCUGUUUGUGAUAAGUAUUUUCUUGGUAAUACAAACUGUCACCUUAUCUUUACACCAUAAUGUUGAUAGUUUUAUGACAUGAAAAACAUAUCAAUUAACAGAUGUUAAAGACACCUGAAUAUUUCAUUUUACUAUAUUUAAUCUAUCAUGCCACGACAGAGUAGGUAUAAUGGGACAGAAGCAGGGACCUGAUCCACAAAGCGUUAGUGGGUGGUGGGGUAGCAUAGUGGUUAAAGCGUUCGCUUGUCACACUGAAGGCCCGGGUUCGAUUUCCCACAUGGGUACAAUGUGUGAAGCCCAUUUCUGGUGUCCCCCGACGUGAUAUUGCUGGAUUAUUGCUAAAGGCGCUGUAAAACUAAACUCACUCACUCUCACACAAAGCGUUAAACACUAUGAUAAACGUAAAUCUAUGAUGAACUAUACAGUUACAACAGCUCUUAGCGCUACAUACGCUUUGUGGAUUGGCGCCCUUGUGUUCUUUAAUUUGUUUUUGAGAGGUAUAUUUUCAAAACAAGAAGCAUAUUUGCAAAAUAUUACUUACAAGGGGCCACCAGUAUGUUAAGUGGACCUAUUCAACCACUUACUAGUGUAGUUCGACUGUGUUUAAUUUCAUAUUACAUUCAGUAAUUCAGCUUAGUCUUUAGUGUGUUAAAAGGAGCCAGUUGAUGAAAUUGAACACACAAUAUGUACAUAAAGAUCUUGAAUAUAUA